AUGGUAGAACGAUUAAAUAGGACUUUAGGAAUUGCAUUAGGAAAAUUGAGAGAUACUAUGAAUUGGAAUGAAUAUAUACCUGCUGUAUUAUUUGCCUAUCGAACUCAUAAACACAAUAUAACAAG